AUGGACUUCGACCUCGCGAGCAAGCACAAGAAGGAGGUCGAGCAGCGCCGCCGGGAGGCCAAGAGGAAGCUCGAGCAGCAGCGCAAGGACGAGAACCUCCAGGCCGCGAUGGAGAGGGACUUCCGCCAGCGGGAGGAGGAGCGCCUGCAGCAGGCCGAGGCCGAGAGGCAGCGGGCGCAGCGGGAGGCGCUGCUCAACGACGGCGUGUACUACGCGGCGCGUCUGCGACCGUACCC